UCAGGGAUUGACGUUCAGCCCCCACAUCUCCCGGUGGAUCAAACACUCCUGCUCACACCCAUCCGCAAAUCGAUACGCAACAGCACCACACAAGUUCCACCAAUCGCAUGUGUCGCCUCUCCCGCCCACCCAUUCACCUACCUACCGUGUUUUCGAGAAGGUUGUUGCGGCUGGCGAUCUUGUGCGCCCGGCUCAGCAGAAACUGACACACACACGCACACAAUACAGCCAGCAAUGCUACAAUGACGCGACACACACACCUGUUGCAGGUUCUCCAUCAGGAAGCGGAGAGCCUGAACGCAAAAAGACAGCUCAAGGCACGGAUUGGGGUACUGCGGUGCGGCUUUCCCCAGCUUCCUCCCUCCUCCCUCCCGUACCGACGGGAAUCGAGCUCUGUCGAGGCCCCGAUAGAAGAGCGGGUAUUCGAGGCCAGGGGGGUCAGACAAGGGGUCACGCAGAAACGACCGGGACGACGCACACACCAUCACCAUCCGCAAAGGCACCUGAACAAUGAAAGAGAGGGAGACGCGCGCAGCAAUGCACCGAUACACUCCCUCCCUGCACGGUGUGUCUCGCUUCAUGCACUUGCCUCGACGUAUUUGGCCAUGAGAAGCAACAGGUGGAUGAGAAAUCCGAGCGCCGUGGCGACCUUCUCCUCCUCGCGCAAAUCUGAACGACAGACAGAGGCCAUCCAUCUUUGAGGACAAUACAGACAAUCGACAUCGUCUGUGUGUUGCGUGCUUACCUUGUCUGUUGAGCACGUCGAUGGAUGGCAGGGGGAUGCCACGAAUGGACCGGUGGCGGCCUACGGGGAGAGAGGGAGCGGACAUGCGCCAGGCGGAUGGCCGGGUGGGUGUUGAUCGCUCGUGUGGUACCCACCUACCGUUGUUUUCUAUUGGGUAGACUUGGAACAACUCGUACAGCAUGCGGGUGCGCCGACAGUACAACGCUGAGUGAGGUGGAGGGGACAACAUGACGGCAUAUCCAGACGUGGCUUCUCUGGCCACUCACCUUGCUGUAUGGCCCUCAGGUCUGUUUUGGACGACGGCAGGUCCUUGACAGACUGAUACACACCAACAGCAGCGUUGCCCGGUGAGUGGUGUGGCCAUCAUAUCCCCUGUCUGUCGUGUGUCUUGUAUCUACCUGUCCCAGCCGGAGCUUCACGGACUGCAGCCCACGCUGACACCGACGCAACCUGCAUACGCACAAGCACACCACACCGCACCACAGGCACAUUGUGCACGUUGUUGCGGAGAGUCCUGCUGCAUGCACGUCAGUCAUACCUUUCCCGUCUCUUCUGCCGCUGCGCCUUCUCUUCGGCCAAACGAGACUCGCCUGAAAGCAUGUACGACACACAAGACAGAGGGAAGACGGCGCGUGUAUCAAGGGUCAUCCAUCCAUCCAUCCAUCCAUUUCUCGUCGUCAUCUUUUAGGUACCCUUUUGCAGCUCGUCUCUCUUUGCCUGCAGGAGGACCCUCGUCUUCUGGAGCCUCGCCUGAACCGCCUUGAGGCGCUGCUGCAAUGAGGACAUCUGAAUGUGUACACAAUCACACACAAGAGGAGAGUCUCGUUUCUAUGCCCAAUGGUCGCCAUUGAGGCUGGCUGCAUGUAUCUUACCGAUGGGGAGGUGGUGUCUGACACGGCCUCGUCGGGCUUGGGCGACAGAUGGGCUGAAUGGCGUAUACACACAUGACGCCACGAGGCAAAUCAAUCAUCGUUUGCGUGUGUGUGCAUUGCAUCGCAUGUACCGUUGAUUUGGGUGAGGAGGUGCUGUGUGUCAUUGAUGGCCACCCGCCGCCUCGUGAUCUCCUUGCCAAGCCGCUCGCCGUGCGCACAGAUCUGGGACGUCGUGAUCUGACACAUGCACGCAGGCAAAGAGGCAAACAGCACAGACACCCCCUGUCAAGGCAUCCAUCCACGCAUCCCCUGUCCAUGCUUCCCAGCUGCGUACCGUCUUGCUGCCCUUCGGGGCCGCAUUCGAAUUGACAACCUCGCGAGGCGAUGCCUGAACACACAACGACAGACAGACGAGAGCAAACUCGCAUCAUUCCAUCUCGUCUCGCCUCACCUCCUUGAUGCCGACAAUGUCCCCGCUGUUGCCCUGUGCCCUGCCGGCAGCAGCAGUGGCUGCUGCAAACGACACGUUGGUGAGACCGAGGCUGGCCAGGCCGGUGGGGCUGCUGUCGGGCGAGGCGGGGAAGGGCUGCACAGGGGGUGGGGGUGGCGUCUGUGGGUGUGGCUGGGGCGGCAAGGUGCCCCUGAAUGUGUGCCACAGGUCGCACAUCUUGACCAGGAUGGUCGUGGGGGGCACCGGAGGAAGGCGCGACAGCUGACAGACAAUGGGAAAUGAAUCACGAGUGUAGCAAGGGUGGAUGGUCUUGCGUACGUCAUGUCCGAUGGGGUGCAGCUCCAUGAGGCUGAAGAGCAGCUUGAGGCGCCGUGGCGGAGUGGUGCUGUCCUCCUUGGCAGCAUCCCCUUCCACCGUCACCGUGGCCUCGAGUCGAGAAACGCACACCUCCACCUCUGCACGGACACCACCCAACCAGCAGGCAAGGGACACCCUCAGCCUGUAUGAGGCUCGCGCAUUUAGCCGUACCUACCUCUCAGGUUGCGGUAGAACGAGUCGAGCUGAUUCUCGAGAUCCCAUCCUGGGUUCUGCAACCAUCCCCCCCAAACACAAGAGUAGCACUGCACAAUGACGAGUCCCGUUGGCGGCGUACCAUUGUGUUGAAGAAUGGUUUGCUGACAGCGAUUUGCCCGAUCUCAUCGGGAGUGUUGAGCUCCAUGGUGAAGCCCCGCAUGUACUCUGGAUCCAGGUUGCGAAUCGCUAUCUCCUGCACGUGACGCAGCCGACGCUGAAAGAUGCCAAUACACAUGCAUAUUCACGUCACCUUCCGCACCGAUGUGAGCAGCCCUUCCGCCCUUGCCAGUCGUUCACCUGCAUGGGUUUGAGUGUCGGCAUUGUGGAGUGAUGCCCAGCCGGGCUGUCAGAUCCUGCUCUGCUGAGCCCCCUGCGCAACGGGGCACACGCACACAAGAAGAGCUGCCCCCCUGAUGCCUUUCUAAGCUCGCACAU